ACUUCGCAGGCUGCUCCUAGGUUCCCGGCUCGCCGCCAUCUUGUAUUGGGGCUUCAUUGUUCGUUCCGGGCUGGCCAGUUUAGUGUAAUUGCUGGGGAAGAAAGAGGCGGAGUAACCUCUGGUCAGCCGAGAAACCCCGCUAUUCCGCAGUCAUAGCUGCUCAAACGAUUUGGGACGUAGUGAAGGGCAGGGAGCUGGACCCGGAGGCGCCGCCACGACAGCAGCAGCCAUGGAGGACGAGAUGCCCAAGACUCUAUACGUUGGUAACCUUUCCAGAGAUGUGACAGAAGCUCUAAUUCUUCAGCUCUUUAGCCAGAUUGGACCUUGUAAAAACUGCAAAAUGAUUAUGGAUGAAGUCAAAGUGAAUUGGGCAACAACUCCCAGCAGUCAAAAGAAAGAUACAAGCAGUAAGUAUAUUUAAUACUCUAUGAACAUUGUUUUUUAUUAGACCCAGUAG